GUCGAAUCGAUUCGCGCGCAUUGUGCGAAUAACAACACGCAAGAUGAUUGGCAGUCUCUUCUUCAUCCUCAAUCGGCUCUUAGAGCUUAUUCUUCUAAUUCCGAUCAUCGGAAUGAUGGUAGGCACAUUCCACAGCUAGAAUUGAGCCCUCCCGAGUAUUGCAACUGACAUCCGCACGAUAGGCCUACUUUGUCAACGGCUAUCUGAACGCAAACAUGAUUACCCCGGCCUAUAUCCUGGUCAUUUUCAUUGUUAGCGUCAUUGCGGCUUUCUGGUGUAUCGAUACCAUGAUUCGUAUUUCAACCACUCGACGUUCAGCGAUGUUCGUCGCUUUCGUGGAUCUACUAUUCUUCGGCGCAUUUAUCGCAGGGGUCUAUGAGCUGCGAUUCAUCACGAAUGCCGACUGUGCGCACUGGAAUGGAGGCUCAGUGUACAUUUCGCUUGGUCCCUUCGGAUACUAUGGCUACACCUCGGACAAUCCGCUGUCAUUCCACAUCAACAAAACAUGCGCGAUGCUCAAAGCUUGCUUUGCAUUGGGGAUAAUCGAGGUGAUCCUAUUCUUCUGGACGGCGAUACUGGCGAUGAUGAUCUACCGCCGACCGGACACGGUUGUCAAGGAGACGACUGUGCGGCGCCGCAGUCACAGCAGUCGACGCGGUCAUAGGCGCCAUAGCAGCUCACGCAGCCGACAUCACUAUGAAGUCUAGGAUUGAUUUCUCUAUUUACGACUUUACGGACUACGAUGGAAUGGUAUAUGGUUCAUGAUGGAAAUUAUUGAUGAUGCACAGAGGGCCGGUUUGGGGGUUAGGCCCAGGAAGAGAUGCGAUCGCGCUCACGACUUACGAGACACUGUUUCCUUUGAUACUAUUUUUGCAUCUACCUACCAGCUUAAGCACAUACUUUGACUGUGCUUCUCUCUGAAAGAUACACCGCAUGAUUUGUGCUCGAUUGCAGCCCUGGGGAUGUUAAUGCUUCGUACGGCUGUUCUAUGUGUCAUACGAUUUUGUUUUUCUCAAUGAAUAUCUACAUCGUACAUUGUGC